AUGGCGGCCAUCGGUACUAUGCGAGCCUUUGUCACAGAUGGCCAGGGCAGCGGAUCAAUUGAAAACAUUCCACGACCAGUCCCAGACCAAGGUGAAAUCCUUGUCAAGGUGCACUCUGUGGCCUUGAACCCGGCAGACUGGAAAGUUGUCGAAGGGACAGUCCUGAACUCAGCACCGUCAGGCCUCAUCGUAGGUUUCGACUUUGCCGGAACUGUUGAAGAGUCCAACAGCACACAAUGGAAGAAGGGCCAACGAGUCGGUGGUUGGGUUCACGGCGUAACUUACCCAAACAUUGGCUCCUUUGCCGAGUUUGUCGCCAUCGAAGAAUCUCUUGUCUUUGCAAUCCCGGAUAAUACUAGCUUCCAGCAAGCAUCGACUAUCUCACUUGCUUUUGCAACUGCUGCACAGGCAGUAUGGCAACACUUGAACUUCCCGGAGCCUGACUGGCCUAAGCUCAACCAGGUUGACUUUUUAGUCUACGGUGCUUCGACGAGUGUUGGCUUGUAUGCUGUUCAACUUGGAAAGCUUAGCGGCGCUCGAGUCAUUGCGGUAGCUUCGACCAAGAACCAUGAUUUCCUCAAGAAACUAGGAGCAGAUGUCACUAUUGACUAUCGGGAUGAAGAUUGGGUUGAUCAAGUCAGAGAUAUAACCGGUGGUGAACUGCCAUACGCCCUCGACUGUAUUGCAGACGGAGAGUCAGCAAAGAACACUGCCCGAGCCCUGAUGACCAAAGAUGGAGCUCGUCUUAUUUCCUUGUCUUUUGUCGAUAAGUCUUCAGUCCAUGCUGUCAACCCACAUGUCAAGGUUGAAGCCAUGAUUGCCUUGACCGUCUUUGGCAGAGCCCUCCCAGAAGCAUUCGGCACGUUCGACAAUGCUGGCGGUGAAACCUUAGAGGAUCAACCUUUGGGAGAAGUGGUUGAAGAUGGUUACCAAGAUGUUGGAGAAUGGAGAUUUUCAACCAAACCCAGUUAG